GUGUCAGUAACUUCGCGAUGAACUAAAGUGGUUAACUAAUGCCGCCGUGGCGCCGAUUUAUCAAACCAACCGCGGGUCGGGGAAAUGAAGUCGUGGGACGGAGCGAAAAGUUGAAAACAAAUCCAGGCUAACAGCUAGCUUAACGUUAGCUUGAUAGGUGUCCGUGGCUAGCUUAGCAGUAAACCGAGUGGUUUACAACCAACACACACAAACAUCCGCUGGUUAUCAGGAGAUGAUCUAGUUAAUGUUUCCCAGCUCGGCACCGAGGCUCAGUAGCUUCCUCUUUCUCUUAGAACUUGAUACGAGCUUUCACGCUCAGCGACUAAAAUGUCCAUGUUAGGUAAUCCGCACACGGAGGUUUGUUUCAGCGAAGAUCAGAGUAAACGUGUCCUCAGCCACAUGAGACCGCUGGUUAUUUUUAUAAAGUGAUCGCCACACGACGUGAUGGAUGUCACACGGUUGUUUGAGGUCGUGGUGGAGCUAAAGCCACGCGAACAUGGCUCUGCCCCAGGAUCUGCUCACAGUGAGGAACACGUUGUAGAGGAUUUCAGAUGUUAUUAUGGAGUGUGGCCCAGUUCUGCCUGACAGCCUGGUGUUGGAGAUCUUCCUGUGUCUGUCCCAUGAUACCGUGCUGAGAGCUGGUCUGACCUGCAGACAGUGGCUGGCUGUCUCCAGAGAUGAGUUCUUGUGGAGGGAGUUGUUCUACAGCUACUACCGCAUCCCCCGCUUUGUACCCCGACACCCAGCGGCGGUGUCAUGGUACAGGGAGUUCAGGCGUCUGUUUGACUGCAUCCCCUGUGUGGAGGUUCAGACGCUGAGAGAGCACACCGACCAAGUCCUCCACUUGGCCUUCUCUCACAGGGGGCACCGGUUCUCAUCCUGCUCCAAAGACUGCACUGUUAAGCUGUGGGACACGGAGCAACCAGAUGGCAACCUCUCAUUGGUGCACAGCUCCAGCAUGCGGGAGUUCAACUGGGGCUACACUCAGUUCUCCCAGUUCAAUGCUGACGACAGCCUGCUGCUCGUGUCUGGGGUUUACCUGGGCCCACACCACACCUCUUCGGGGGAAAUCGCAGUCAUCAGUCUGGAAAAUUACACACUGUUGUCACGGGUUAGGAACAAGCCGUACGAUGUGUUUGGCUGCUGGCUGAAUGAGACCCACCUGAUCUCUGGGAACUUGCACUGGAUCGGCAACAUGACCUCCUGCUCUGUGCUGUGGCUCAAUAAAGCUUUCCAGGAUGUCGAAUCAGAGAAUGUCAACGUGGUCAAGCGCCUUUUUAAGAUCCAGAACAUUAACGCAAGCACCAUCCGCACAGUGAUGGUGGCCCACUGCCGUCGUCAUGACAACCCGGACUUGGUGCUGGAUUAUGAGGCCCAGUCUCAGGCUCAGAGGCAGAAAGGGCCACCGCGGCAGCACCAGCCCCUCCUCUUUGACCUGGGAACCUCCGGCAGCGAGGAAGACGACGAGGAGGCAGCAGAGGAUGAUUCUCAGAGGGAGGCAAGGUGUCAAGGCUUUACAGCUGCCCGUGCCCCUCAGUCCACGAUAUCAAACCUGGAGCAUGUUAUACAGAGUCGUAAAAAUGUCGGGCCCAGGGACCUGGCGAUCGAAACCCACGUGGCUAAGAUGAUGGGCAGAACCCACACGAAAGCACCCGACUGCAGCCUCAAAGAGCAGCCUGAGUCCGGGGAAGAAGACAAAACCUACUUGCUCUUCACCACCGGCAGCCUUACGUACUCCCCUCACCAAAUUGGUAUUAAGCUGAUCAAGCCCGACCAGAUGACAACCUCCGGUCCCGUCCUUGGUGAAGAGCGUAGCUCAGAUGAGUUCUUUGAUUCCCUGGACCAUGUUAUUGAUAUCCAUGGACACAUUAUUGGAAUGGGCCUUUCUCCAGACCACAGGUACCUUUAUGUGAACAGCCGGGCUUGGCCGGCCGGAUGCGUGAUCUCCGACCCCAUGUCUCCGCCUCCCAUCGCCGAGGAGAUAGACCUGCAUGUCAUCGAUCUGAAGAGCUUGAGGGAGGAGAGAAGAAGCCUGCGCGCUCACCGAGCCUUCACUCCUAACGACGAGUGCUUCUUCAUCUUCCUCGAUGUUAGCAGAGACUUUGUUGCCAGUGGAGCUGAGGACAAGCACGGCUACAUCUGGGACCGUCACUACAACAUCUGCCUGGCGCGUCUGGCGCACGACGAUGUGGUGAACUCGGUGGCAUUCAGCCCCUCCGACCAGGAGCUGCUGCUGUCCGCCAGCGAUGACUCUACCAUUAAGGUGUGGCGUUCGCCGCGCAUGGUCCGCCUAUCACAGGCCCCCGGAUGGCCACCGAGGCCUCGCAGCCUCCUGUCGUCCUGGUUGAGCCACAAGAACUCCACUUCUGCCAGCAGCGUCAAUGGGAAACCAUUAGUCAGGUUGGAAAACACACUGAGUGGGAGGGAGCGAGGAGAGAAAAGUUAGACCCGACUCCUCUGUGGUGGGAAUAUAUAUAUAUGCACUCCAUGUAUAUGUACAGUGUGGUUACAGUCUGUGGUUUUGCUUGAGCUCACGGUGUUGUGACCGACAGCAGCGCUCGGCAGCUGGCAGGAGACGAGAUGAAACUCCGUGUUGGACACAAGGGUGCGCUGUUGUGCCAACAAAGGCCAGACUGUUGAAUUGACAUGUGGAGUUAACAAAUAACUUGCACAAGACAGACAUUCUGUUUCCUGAGAGACGGGUUAUUUCUGUUUUAUCUGUAAGGUGCGUCUGAACAGGUCAGACACAGAACUCCUGGACCUGAGGUGUAAAUGUGCUGCAGAGACGGCACCUGAUGAUCAGAGGCAAAGUGCUGUACCAGACAAUGUUUUCAGAAUUUGUCCCCUUAUUAAUGUAGUUAUAUCCAAUUGAUGUUUUGAGUAUACCCCCAGUUUUUGAAUUAUAAACCUUUAAAACAAAAAGGGAAAAGACGUUUAGCUGCAUGUACUGCAGUCUGCUUUGGUUUUUAAUGACUUCCCUUCCUAUUGUUUUAUUGCCCCAGUAAUGGCCGAUCCCAAUUCUAUUCAACAUAGAAUUAUUGAGUGACUGAUUCUAAAAGAAAAACUUUUGGCGUGGAGCAUGACUGUGUUAAAAAAAGUUUUUUUGUGUAGCAAAACAUGUUUUGGGCCCUAUAUUAUGUAGAAAUGUAUUUAAACACCUUCAGUUAUUAGCAGCACAAACCGACACCCAUUCAUUUUGUAACGACACAUAAGGAGGAAUCUCAGAAAUUCAUGAUUUCAGGACUUUUUCAUUAAAAAAAUGUGUUUUCUUUCCUCACAACAACAUGUCACAAAGAAUUUCCAUUUGUUUUCAAGAAGAACUUUUCUCUUCAUGCCCGAAAACUCAACAUAGAGUAGGAGGUACAUGGACGUAGGGGCAGUGCUGAGCAUUUCUUAACACAACUACAAUUUAUUUUUGGUCAUUUUAGUUGCACUGUUAUCUAAUCCCUGUUUUUGGGGGUCAUCUGUUGAACACUCCAUUUUAAUUUAACAAAUAACCACCGUUCUUUUAAACAGUGUGCACUUUAGAACAAGCAAUGUUACAUUACAUAUUUAAAUGUGUUUUAUGUUCAGGACGCACACUGUGGGAGAUAAUCAUCCUAUUAACAUGGCACAUAUUUAAUUCUUACAUUAACUAAUGUUUUAAAAACACUGGUGAAAUAUUCAGUUUACACAUUCAAUUGGCGUUUUUUUUUUUAAAUAGUUGUAAAUCUGUUAAAAGAAAGGAUUGUACAUUUUAUUUUAAAUAUAAACGAUCAAUGGAUGGAAUUUCUUGGAUAUUUCCACUCAAACUAAUGUUGCCCAGGACGUAAUGUGUGUGAUACACCUUAACUGUAGCAUAAGAACAAUCGAUACCUUCAAGUACUCAAUCAGAAAGAUGUCAUGAAUGACAGUGACGUAGAAAAAGCAGAGUAGACCUGUUUUUACGUGUAUUCUGAGAAAAGCAAACAAAAACUAAAUCAUGAUAAGUGAACCACGAGACUUUGUGCGUCAGCUGCAGUCAAACCAACACACGGUGCAGGUACUUAACUCGCUAAAUUAUCAUGUUUGGAUGGAGAGUCCCUGCUGAGCAAGGUUUUCCUUUCGCUGAUUAAAAACCCUUCAAAGUAAAUUUUCGAAGAAAUCUCUUCAUCGGAUCAGUCUCGCCACCAGUUGUGCGGCAUUUUUUUUUGACGUGUGUGCAAUAAGACUUCAACCCUCUUGUUGGUUCCCCUUCAACCAAUUUAAAUACUUUUUCAUUAUCCCCAUAUUUCUGAUCAUGUUUACUGCCUCUACUCCCCUCAAAUAAAAAGUCUCAACAUG